AUCAACUUCAUCGGCAUGUCGACUCGGCCAUUCAUUGGAUUGUCUGUGGCUCGACAGGCCAAGAGUUGGGCUGGUGAUCAAGGACCGGGCACCUUGAUGGGUUAACCCGGACGCCGCGUCGUGCCAGCUCGCGUCUCCCUGGACAAUCCGUGGCCAUAAAUAUUGGUCGUGGUGUCGCCACAUGCCGACUUUGUCGGUUUCCUUGGCUUCUUGUCCAAUCUGCUUGCCUCUGACGUGAGGUUUCUCUUGAAUGGAAGAACUAUCUCUGACGUGAGAUACCCAUUGCCACGCACUAACAACGAAACCAUCAACAACACCAAAUCGAAACAUAUCAACGUAAUCAACAAUAAAAGCAGCCAACCCGGCCGGAAAAAGCGCUUGCUCUUGGAAGCCUCAAGCAGCCGCAUCGUCACCUCAUUUACCUUCAUCGCCAUGACUGAAGAACAUCCCUCCUUCAUGCGGAUCCCGGCAGAGAUCCGCAUGAUGAUAUAUAAACACCUGCUGGACAAUGGCGCCAGCAAUAAGAUCUCGAUUCGGAAUAAGUCAAGGUGGGAGUACCAGGCAAACGACCCCAAGAGUCUCCGCUCUCAUUAUCACAUCAUGGAGCGAUCCUUUGCGAAGAUGUCAUUUCAAACGACAUAUUGCGCCGAUAGCGACUGCGAUCGAUCAAUGCAUACCGCGAUUAUGCAAAUCAACAAAAAGGUCAGGGAAGAGACAUCUCAGUACCUAUAUGGAAGACACUCGUUUCAUUUUGGCGAGGAUAUCGAGGCAGUGGUGCCAUUUCUUGAUGACAAGAUGCCCCAGACUCGAGACUUGGUCAAAGAGUUGAGUCUAUACAAGCGCAGCCCGACCAACACCGGCGAGCCGGAUUCUUUGGACUGGGCUUCCGUGUGUCGCUUCCUGGGAAACUCAGCAGGACUGGAUAAAUUGACGCUCGUCAUUGAGGGCGGCCGGCCGAGAGUGCCGUGGGACGGGCCGCAAAGCCUGACAGUUUCCGACUUCCGCCUUUUGUAUUCGACACGCCACGAGAGCUUGGAGUGGGCAAGAGAGCUCGCGUCAGUGAAGACCAUUGGAGAGGUGGAAAUCGUGCCCGACAUUCAUUACCUGCCGGAUCCACAGUCGAACAUGAUGCUAGUUUUAGCAGCAUUUUCAGCGUCAAUUGAGACGUCAUUGGUGGAUUUCCUUCGAGACGAUCUCGGAAUUCCCGCGCGGGUUGGAAAAGGCACAUACUGUGGCACUGGGGCGUUUGGACGAAAAAAUUGUCAUCGAGGGAGCUGCAUAACGAGCUGAACGGUUGGACCUGAGACCUUGCGCUGGAUUUGUUUCUUCGGUUUCGGGUUUAGAAUUAGGGGCAUCGGUACUAGCGUUUCUUGACAAGGGUUCAUGAAUGAACGAAUGGAUGAUAUGGAAGAGAGAGAAAUCAUUAUCCAUUCAGGUUAUCAAUCGCCGUG